AUGCCUCGUCAAAGAUCCGGCGCUCGCCCUGCUGCCCCUACCCGGACCCCUACUCGCCCUACGGCCGCUGCUCCUCCCGCUCCCCAGCAGAACCGCCCUGCCUCGACCAUGGCUGCUCCUCAGCAGUACCAGCAGGCUCCUCCUGUCCAGUCUCAGGGCCCUGGUCUCUUUGGCCAGAUGGCUAGCACCGCUGCUGGUGUUGCCAUUGGCUCCUCCGUCGGCCACGCCAUCGGUGGCUUCUUCUCCGGCGGCAGCUCCUCCGAACCUGCUCCCCAGCAGUACAACUCCCAGGCUCCCGAUCAGUACCAGCAGCCCUCGCAGGCUCAGCAGCAGCAAUGGGGCAACAACUGCGGUGCCGCCACCCAGCAGUUCACCCAGUGCAUGGACGAGAACAACGGCAACAUGCAGAUCUGCAACUGGUACCUUGAGCAGCUCAAGGCCUGCCAGGCUGCUGCCAAGCCCUACUAA